AUGCCUCUACUGCCAGCGCGGCGGAACUCGCUGUGUCUCAUUUGCUCUUUCGCCGCCCGCUCACGUUCGCUUCCCCCACGCCUCCUCCCCCGGAUCCAAGUCGCACAAAGAUCAGACCCCGCUGGCGGCAGGGCCUACUUCAACCCUCUCCAACAAAAGAACCCCUUUCGAUCAGGAGGCUCCAAACCACGUACGCCUGCGUUCCACGUAGUUCGUGAUAAACUCGACAAACUACGGAAAGAAUUUGAGAAGCCGGAAUUCCUAGAGAGCCUCCAGUUAAGCCCUGGAGAGUUCGAUAAAGAAUGGCGUACCUUCGAGCGGUCCAUCAACCUAUGGAUCAAGCAGGCCACGCCCGAGUUGGUGAGUCUGGUGAAUGAGGCACAACGGAAAAAGGCCACGCUCGAGACGAGACUACGAUACCUGUUCUAUGCGCAGGCAUGUGGUGGACGCUUCACUACGGCCGAGUUGGAGAAUCAGAAGGAGGUAGCGGAUCUGCGCUAUCCGGCCGAAUGGUACCCAGCGACACGAGAGAUCACACGAACGAUACACAUGCACGUUGGGCCGACCAAUUCUGGCAAGACAUACCACGCUCUGAAGCGCCUGGAAGAAGUGGAUUCGGGCAUCUAUCUUGGUCCACUACGUCUGCUUGCCCAUGAGGUCUACACUCGUCUGAAUGCCAAGGGAAAGCCAUGCGCUCUGGUUACUGGAGAGGAGCAGCGCAUGCCUGAGGGCAGUCGUGCCAACAUGUACAGUUGUACUGUUGAAAUGGCUCCGCUGAACACCAGAUUUGACGUAGCUGUUAUCGACGAGAUACAGAUGAUCAGUCACAAAGAGCGAGGGUGGGCGUGGACACAGGCUUUCAUGGGCCUACAAGCCAAGGAGAUCCAUCUGUGCGGAGAAGCGCGGACAGUGCCGCUGAUGCGCGAGCUCUGUGCUCUUGUUGGCGACAAAGUACAUGUACACGAAUACGAGCGUCUGACGCCACUCCAGGUGCAACCUCAGAGUUUGAAAGGGAACCUCAACAACCUAGAGAAGGGUGACUGCAUUGUUGCCUUUACCGUCCUGGGUAUCCAUGCUCUACGCCGAGAGGUUGAGAAGAAGACAGGGAAGAAGUGCGCUAUUGUAUACGGAAGUUUGCCACCCGAGACAAGAGCUCAACAAGCACGUUUGUUCAACGACCCAGAUAACGACUAUGAUUUCCUCGUAGCUAGUGACGCCAUUGGUAUGGGCCUAAAUCUUGCUAUCAAGCGUGUUAUAUUCGAAUCUACCAUCAAAAGCAACGGCAUCCAAUACAUGCCCUUGCAAAUCUCUGAAAUCAAGCAAAUCGCCGGUCGUGCUGGUCGUUACAAGACCGCUCAUCAAGCAGUUACUACCGACUCCGAACAAGCUUCGAUUGCUGACGGCGCUGUUGAUCCCACCAUUGGCUUAGAUGACAAGCAGCCCGAUACUAUCGAGGCAGAUAAGCCCGAAGAGAAGACUAUAGGAUGGGUUACUACACUCGACCAGGUCGAUCACGCCAACUUGAGAUUGGGCAUGAAGCGUGAACCCGAAGAUAUCACGUCAGCCGGCCUCUUUCCUCCAUCUCUCAUCGUUGAGCGAUUCGCAAACUACUUUCCCCCAGGUACACCAUUCAGUUACAUAAUGCUCCGUCUGCAUGAGAUCUCCGAGAUACACCCUCGAUUCCAUCUCUGUGCGCUAAAGGACCAACUGGCGAUUGCUGACGUCAUUCAUACUGUCAAGAAUUUGAGUAUUCAAGACCGUAUCAUGAUUUGUGCAGCGCCCAUCAACAUGCGCGAUCCGGGCGAAAGAAACUUUUUGCGCCAACUCGCUGCAUGUAUUGCAGAAGGCAAAUCAGGUAGCCUAUUGGACCUUGACACUCUCCCACUUGGCAUCAUGGACCAGCCUCCUUCAGGCGAGCGCAAAUACCUCUACGAACUGGAGCAACUGCAUAAGAUGCUUGUAUGCUAUCUAUGGUUGAGCUACCGGUUCCCCAAUGUCUUCACCACCAGGUCUCUUGCCAACUAUACAAAGAAGCUUGUUGAGGAUCAAAUCGAAAAGACGCUCACCGAUUUCUCGUUCAUCGAACAAGCGAGGAUGCGGAUGAAGAACACCAGGGAACAAGCAAGAAAGACCAUGGUUGUGGAGCCUGAGGAUGUGAGUCAAGUGGACGGUCCCCAGGUAGCAACGUUGAAGCGUCAAAUUCCUGCACCUCCUGGUAUGCCAGAAGAAGCAAAGGACAUCCUUAACGAUCCGGAGUUGGCCUCCGAUAUGCCAGCAACCACGGAUGAAGCGAUGCGAAACGAGACUUUACAAUCCAGUGCCUAG